UGAGCCUUAUUUGGUUCUAAAUUAAUCUCUCUCAUUCUCUCUCACCUGAUCUAGCUUAUAGACUAGAUCAAACACUAUCAUACUCUCUCUAUUUUCUCCAUUUCUUUCUUUUUAACUUCUGUCGAUGAAGAGCUUGUCGUUAUAAUUAACCAUGGAGAGCAAAGAAACUAAGGAUAUUGUCGGAGGCUCUUGUUUUCCUGAUCAUCUAUCAAGUUGUUACCCGUUACAAGGCAUGUUUGACUUCUAUGAGGAAGACAAGAACUCAUUAGGGUUUAUGGAGCUACUGGGAAUUCAAGACUUUGGUUCUUCUUUAUUUGAUACGGAUGCGGUACUGGUACAGUCCACGGCACCAUCCUCAUCUCCAAAUCCAACUCUAGUUACUAAGAUGGAAUCUCCCGAUUUGUUGAAUCAACCUGCGACACCUAACUCUUCUUCUAUUUCCUCGGCAUCGAGUGACGCUGUGAAUGAUGAACAGGUUAAAGUGGAAGAACAGGAAGAAGAUCAACAAAAGUCCAAGAAACUGUUGAAACCCAAGAAGACAAAUCAGAAACGACAGAGGGAGCCCAGAGUCGCGUUCAUGACAAAGAGCGAGGUUGAUCAUUUGGAAGAUGGAUACAGAUGGAGAAAGUACGGUCAAAAAGCUGUUAAAGACAGCCCCUUUCCUAGGAGUUACUAUCGUUGCACCAGCGCAUCAUGUAAUGUGAAGAAAAGAGUAGAGAGAUCUUUCAGUGAUCCAAGCAUUGUGGUGACGACUUAUGAGGGGCAACACACUCAUCCAAGCCCACUACUACCACGGCCAAGCCUCGCCGGAGUCCCUCCGGGGACCAGUGCUACCUUUGCUAUGGCAAUGCAGGGAACAUUAUCUCAUUAUCAACAUCAGCAACAAUCCUUCGAUGACUUGCCCAUGAAUUGUGGUAGUUAUGGUCCUUCAACAAAUGCGGCUGCUUUUCUUCGUGAUCGGCGUCUAUGCGCCGCUGGUUCUUCCUUGCUCAAAGAUCAUGGGCUUCUUCAGGACAUUCUUCCUUCACAUAUGCUAAAGGAAGAUUGAUUAUUAGAUGAUUAGUAUAUUAUUACUGCUAUGUAGUUCCCUUACUGACUUUUGUAUAAGGUGCAGAUGGAAAUCCCAUAGCCAAUAUGUGUAAUCUUCUGGUUGAAAGUAGCAUAGCUCAUCUUUACGAAGGAACUCACUGCACCUUACUUUAAGAAUAUAUUUGUAUAAAGGUUUUUGAUUCUAUGCAGGAAUUAGUUUCUUUU